AUGCUGGGCCGACUUCUGAAUACUGCGGCGUCGACUUUGAACCCGUCGGCAUAUUCUUCCAGGCCUGCCCCUCAGCUUGAAUCGGUUACCGAAGAAGAACAUACGUCCGGCCUUUUAUUUCCCGAUGCGAGUGUGCUUCGACGCUCGAAUACCCACGCCUUUCCUCUCCAGACCGCUUUCAAUUCUCCCAAUGUCUCCGCAGCCGGUGCCUACGAUGAUCGCGGGGGUGUAGAGUUGGACCCUCAGAAGGACUUUCGGGUUGUCAUUGCCCAGAACUCUCUCGGUGAUAGGGAGCCAUGCAUCCUUCUUGAUACUAAGGCCGAAGCAGCAGAACCGGGCCCCCCCGGACCUGGAAUCGAUUCUCAGGCGUUUGAAAAUCCCGGUCACAGGCAUGCUCGCACCAUGUCGUCUCUUUCUCGCGGGCGGCGAGGUCAUCUGACUCAAUCAUCAUUGAUAGAUCAGAGCCCGCUUGCAACGGCGGCUGACAUACGCAGAGCGUCACCGACGUCGUCUAGUGCAUUUGUCCGUGCCCGUGGCCGUAGCUCGACAAUGGCCCCUGCUGGAGGUCUUCAGGAGCCUGCACAUUCGCGCCAACCGACGGAUAUGAACGAUGCAGGGCUUCUAAAUUGCAUAUUUGGUAGCAGUGCAUUUAGCUACCGAGGAUCUUCUACAAAGAUGCAUAUCAUCUCAGGUGAUGAUGAUGCGAUUCCCACGGGGAAUGCGUCACCCGGGACCCGGAAUUCUUUCACUCGGUCGUACACUACAGGGGGGUUUGCCAGUACUGGUCGUACGGAUUAUAAGCCACGUUCAAAGGUCACGAUUCUCCUGACAAGGAUGUUCAGUGUCAACUUGCCUGAGGCAGGCACCGCGUCUGAAGGACGUGAUCUUGGUACGUCUUUAAUCCAAGAAUCUCUUCCUGAGACCGGUUAUCCCUUUCCCGAUGUGACGAAGCGCAAGAAAAUCAAAGAGAAGAAAACCCCAAUGUACGCAGUUGCCAUCACAAUCCGGAUUCCGGUGUUGUCCCGGAAUACAGCACGCCCUGUUUCCCGGUUUAGUACUCAGGGUCAAGAUUCACCGAAACCCGGCAUGUCCUGCUCUUUAGACUCUGAUUACCGCUGGCGUGGUGGAUUCUUUGAUGAAAACCUUGCGUCUGCGCCUGCUAGUCUGGACGAACGGAUAGACAUGCUGGUUGAUCAUUGGGACGUCAUCAACCGUACACUAUCACACCUCGAAAGAUUAUCUCGAAAGGAGAUACUUUUUCUGUUGAAGAGAGCGGAUUCUUCAGGAAUACACCCGAAGCCUGCAAAACCCCCAAAUAUGCAACGAACAAACCAGACAUUCCUUCAUCUACCGGCGAAUGUCUUAGCGCUCAACUCAAGACUGAAACAGGAAGCUUCUCGCAGUGCCCGCCGCAUCAGUACUGCACUGCAAAUCCCCAAAGUUAUAACGGGGCAAAGCCGCUGGGGUGUAUGGCGCGAGGAAGGUCGUUCUAUUGUGCGCAGUCUUGGAGAUAAAGAUCAUAGCUUUUUCUUCCUUGUUCUAAUUACCGCAUUUCUGGGGAAUCAUACGGAAUGGUUGAAUGCCUUAGGUCCCGACUGGUACCGGCGGCGGCACUAUCUACAGCAAAAAGCACAACAAGAUGCGGAGCCUGCCCUUCCGUAUCGGACGGUAAUCGUUUCCCCUGACAAGAUGACUGCUCGGAGACUCAUCUUUCUUCUUUCGGCAUUUCUCCCACCAAAACAGCGUUUCGAACCACUGCCUUCUCCACUCCGACCCGGUACCUCCGCUUCAACUCGUGCUGUCUCUCAAAGUCCGCCCAGCGUGCCUGUCCUGCGGCAGGAGCCUCUUCGCCGAGCCAUAGAGCGGCGUUCACGUGCACAGCGCUUGAAUCUCGCCGAUAGAGAUCAUAAUCGUUCUGUUAGUGCUUCAUCUAACGAAACCGCUCAUCGAUCAACGGAUGACGCCGAGCAUGAUUUUAGCAUAUAUCGCAGAGGCUCAGACGCUCGCUCAGUCAGAACAAUCGGGAUCCCAAUGCAUCCGAAGGAUGCGCGCAACAAGAACACCAGCACAGCGACGAUAUCAACAGCAAACCCUGGUGGCGCAGUUCCCGUCCCUCAUUUUGCUUCUCAGGGACGGGAACCAUCUGACCAGACUUGCGGGGAAGGGGUGGACAGCUUGGCGUCUGAGACUCUGUUGAAGAGCCUGCAAAGAAGCGAAAGCUCAACGAACAGUGCCAAUAGUAGCGUUCCUACUACUGGAGGUCGUUGGGGUAGUCUCUUUAGCGGUCUCUGGAGCUCUCGUCAGGAGUCGUCGACUGAUUACGGUACUGCUGGCCAGCCACUUGAGCACCGUCGACGUUCCACCUCGGUCCUUAAUGUCCCGAAACGGAACCCUACGACGCUCCAACAAAUGGUUGAAGAGGCUUCCAACGAAGAAACUCACCAGAUCGCUACUAGCGCGACUAUUUCUAUUCCGCAACCUCCAAACGCCCAACGUAAAUUCGAAGAAGAUGCGCCGGACCUAUCUUCUUCCACAACUGACAACCCUAGAGAAACUUCGCUCAAACUAGCCGUCCGGGAAGAGGAUGGAAUAGUAGAUGUUGAGCUCCCAUUGCCUGGGUUUGUCUCUCUGUCUUCGUCGGGUGAAUCGACCAUGGCUUCCCCGAAAAAGACUCGCACGUCGAUAACAAGCCUUGAUGCUCUUGGAUCUACUCAUAGCAGUGGUUCAGGAUUCCAUUAUCAGACGAAAGAUGUCGAUGGGCCGACUCUCAACGUCGCUGGAUGGUUGAAAAACUUCCAUGAUGACUUUGUUCUUCAAGGGGUGCGACCUUACUCGAGCCUAGAGUCAGAGAUCAGGCGAGCCAUGCAGUCCGAGCCCACUCCAAGCAACGCGGUAGCAGCGGAUACUGAUGGAUCAGAGAAGUGGGUAGAUGUUGCCACAACUCUGAUUGCAGAUGUGCGGACCUUUAGCGUCAAGCGGCUGCGUCUUAAGCGCCGAGCAAUUGGCGGCGGCUCUGUGAGAUCACCGAUGUCGUCAUCUGGGAUGUCUACUCCGGGCACUCCUCGCCAAGUACCAGGCUGCUCAAUGUCUACUUCACAGCUUAGCGGCUACUUCUCUUCUUCCAUGGCCUCGGCAACGCCCUCUCCGAGACCACGCUUCGAUGGGUACAAUGCCGGUGAAGUGGAGGAGCGCUUUGUAGAGGAACCGGUUAUGGAUCUGGACGGGACCCUGGUCGACGCUCUCGAACGUGUGCUAGCUCAGAGCGGCCCGUCCUCUUUAGCACCUACUCGGGCGUCAUCUCCAUCGCGAUCUCGGAAAGAGAACGACAGACCCGCUGAGUAUACGGCCACCCGCGACGAAGUUCCCUCUCUUGAAGCCCCGCGGACCGAGUGUCGCCGGCUAGUCCUGGGAGCACUGGAAGAAGUAGUCCGCAGCGUGACCGCCGAGAUUGCCGUGAGGAUGAUGGAGAGCCUAAUCUGGCGGAUAGAGAGCGCAAACGUGUGAUGAUUGGGGUGGAUAACACUCUAAGAGAGGGGGUUCGAAAGU